CAACUCUAUCGGGGCACAUAGCAUUGAAACGUCAUCCAUGACCAUUCUAUAAUUGAACGCUAAAGUGGCCUCGGGUAACGUCACCUUUCCAUCAACCUGACUUUUGCUUAGAGAUGCCCACGACUCCACAUCGUCCUCAACGCAGGUAAACGUGGACCAAUCGCCGCUCCUGGUCGUCAUCAGUUCAUUGGCUGCGAUCCCGUGGCUAUCCGAUAUAUGGCAACCUGGGCAUAUCCUCCGCUGUCUGCGGAGAAGUUGAAGGAGGAGGAAGAGAAUUCAUUGUCACGAGAGCUUGAAUGGCUGUUGGCCUCGUUUCAAGAGCUGCUGGUUUCACUACGAGAGGGUCUGGAGGAAUGUGCGGAGCUUCUAGCUCCCAAAGAACCAGGUUCGACUCUAGUCCUGUCAUCUGUGAGGUCGGAGAGCGUGAAAGGGUUUGUGACCAGGGUAGGAGCUCGGAUUGUCAAGGGGGAUAUUCAACUCAGGUUGAGCUCUCUGCCGCCUCCUCGCGGUGCCAAUGCCACUCGUCUCACCUUCUCUAGCAUUCCAGGCGCACCCGAGUUGGUGCUAGAUCAGCUGGCUGAUGUCCGCAAUCUUGUGAAUCAGAGUCUGGAUGUGGUGGAUGUCAGCACAUGGACUGGCAAUCCACUGAACUCAAGUUUCAUAUCCGGUCAAUUGCGUCUACUCCAUGAACAUAUUUCCGAGGCAAGGUCAUUCCUGAAAGGGACUCCGGAGACACUACAAUGGUGGGAAAGCAGUGCAGAUAAUGAUGUGUUUGACCCGGGGCUACCACCGUAUUUAUCAUUUCAUCUGGCAAUAGCGGAGGCUGCUCUUGUCUUACAUUUGCGAACUCUCGAGCCCGCCGCACCAGCGCAAACGCCCACAGCUUUUGCCUCAGAUAUCUCUCUAACGGGAUUUUCACUACGCGACAGGAUUUUCGGACCUAAGCAUCCGACACACGAUGAGUCAGGCGAAAUUUUUAGGUGGCGGGGAGAAGAAGUCAAAGUCAAAGAGAAGAUCCGCGUUGAAAGCCAGGACCCCAGUCUGAUCGCGGUGAUGGCUAAGUUAAGUGCAUUGGAACACGAAGUUAUGAAAUGCAUAAACUCUCUGAAAAUCGUCAUGAAUGAGGAUGACGCUGAAAGCGACGCAUGAAUACCAGUCCAUUUUCUAAAUCUCAAAUCAAUACUUAUACAAACCCAGCCAAUGAGAAGCGAGUAUUAAAAAGUGUAUUAUGUAAGAAUGAAAUGGCUGUUAUCCAAUCACACAGCAGGAAUUAGAUGCGGCUUUGGCUU